CAAAGAGCAACCACCAUGGAAAGAGUGUCAUCCCUAGUGGUCUUGAGUUCGGACGAGGAGUCUUCCUCGGAAAUGAGUUCGGAAAGCUAUCAUGAAAACCUCAAUACAGCCGCAAUUCUCAACCUGAAUACAAAAAGGCUCUCCCACGACGGGGACACCGCCUUAUCCAACGAAUCAGGCGAAGAUGAAAUUGAGCGGAUCCAGAAAAUCAUUAGAAAAUCCUCAGUCGUGUCCCCUUCACCUUCGCCUACGCGGAAGUUGAGCUGGAAGACAGAAGUCGAGGAAACGAGUAAUCAAAGAGGCUCUUCCCCGACCUCGAGGAAGCUCAGUUGGACUAGUACCAAUGGACCCAGCCAAAGGUUAAUCAAUCAAAACGUGGAUGAAGUGAUCAAUGUUCAACUCCCAAGAUCCAAACCAAGUUCGAAAUCGUCGCUGCAAAACUCGAGAAACUCAUCAAGGAUGGAAUAUCAAUCCACGCCGCGACCUGAAGAAGCGGUCCCAGUAACCCACGAGGCCUUUGGAAACCAGGACCACACCGAAAGUGCCUAUCAGGUUAAUUCUGAUUCCGCCACUUGUCACGAGGGUGAGAGUGACAGAAUUUCAAAUCGCCAUCGGUCCAGACGGGAUUGCGCCUUCAAUGUUCGAAAACGGGACAAGAGCUGGGACCAAAAGUGGAUGGAACACUUGCAAAAGUCCAACCAAGGGUCUUCACCAUCGUCGUGGAACAUCAACCGGGAACCGGUGAAGAUCAAUAGCGGUGUCAAAUGGGAUUCAGUACGGACCUCAGAGCCAUCUCGAAACCCUCGCUCCAAUGUGACGAAGGUCAAAUUCAAUCCGGAUGGAAGUUGUUCCAAAGUUAAUAACAACCCUCAAAAGCACCAUUCCGAUUCCUUUGAUGGUGAGGAGAAUAUGGAAAAGCAAGAUUUCCUCGAUUCCAACAAAGAUUCCAGUCCACCCGUCACACGACAAAGAGAAUAUGUCUCUCCAGGGAGACCUCCAAUGUCACCGAGGAGCUUGAAACGACGAAUGAUCAUCCGUGUGCGAAAAUCUCCCAGUCCAGCGGCUUUGGACGCGGAUUCUCGGGCUGUUCAACAACAGCAACAGGUCUUGAAUCCACAGAUUUACGAGAGAUACUGUGCCGCAUUAGAGGAAGAGAGAUUGAAGGAGGAGCAGUACCUUCAAGAGCUCCACGAAGUUACGUCCCAUUUUCACAACAACAUUGACCACAUUGAGAAGAGUUUUGAACAAUUGGUACAGGGAGUCAUUCACGAUUUCAACGAAAACAGCUAUGACGGAACCUUUAGAGCGGUGCCAGCCCAAGUGAGAGAACAUCAAGAUCACGUCCAAGGAUCUAGUGAAACCAAGCUUCAGGAAGAGUCUUCCAGUGAAUUGAGUGGACAGGAAUCGAAUCCAGUUGACGUUUUGAGCAAUAUUCAAAUUCCAGACGACGAUUCAUUGACUGAAGGGGACACGACAUCUGAUAGCUACCAGGUUUACGAGAUUGAGCACGAAAAGAGCGACAAGGCUCAAGAGAAGGAGUUCGUGAUCCAACAAAAAUUGGAGAGACUUGAGGAAGUCGCAAAAUAUGAACAAGAGCGCCUCGCUCAAAUUGAAAUUCAGGAAAGGAUUCACCAGGAGGAGCUCAGGAAGACUUUAAAAAGAGAGGAGGAGCUCAAGAGAAAAAUCAUGGAGGAGAAGAAGAUCCUGGAGGAAUACCAAAGAAAAGUAUUUGAGGAGCAACAGAGCAACAUUCAAGAGGAGCAAAGGCGAAUUCAGCAAGAACAGCGAAGAAAAUUCGAAGAGGAACAGAAAAUUCGACUCGAGGAACAACAAAGAGCAUUCGAGGAACAAAAGAGAUUUGAGGACCAACAGCGACAACACAUGGAAAUGGAAUUGAAACGGAGAGAAAUGGAGGCUCGACAACGGCUUCGAUGGGAAGAAGAACAAGCUCAGAUAAGAGCCCUAGUGGAGGAACAAAAGGAACGGGAAGAAAUGAAGGCGAGGCAAAAAGCUGACGAAAAAGAGCAAUUGGCCCUCAAGAAACAAAUGAGAACCAGCCACAGAGGUAGUCAAGGUGGAUUAAAAUCAAACGCAUACCAUCCCAAGAGGGCUUUUGAGACUUUUGAGACCAAUGUCAAAGAGAAAGCGUUCUCGGUGUCCGGAAUGUGGAACAAAGUCGACCUUGGCAUUGUCAAGCAAAAGAAGGAUUUCUGGCUGGAUCAAAGUGACGACGUAGACACCAUGAGUCAAACCGCACAACGAUCCAAAAAGACAAGAACCAUCAACCCAAACGCUUGGAUCGACCAUCCACCUGGCAAAUCGGAAGUGCGGAAGGACAAGGACAGUCCCAAAUCAGGUUUCAAGGUAAUUCACAAGGCACAGUCUAGUGGCGAUCUUGCUCAAGAAUUAGAGGAAGUGGAACACAAGACAUUGAGCAGUGGCGUGGGUGCUUGGGAACAAAGAGACACGGGGCGAAAGAGUGCAGACAUUUUUAUGCACAACGACAGCCUUGGCCCUAAACUCACGCCAUUCGAGUUUACAGAGGUACCGGCUGUGAUGGUGGAAACGGUGUCCACUCCCAACAAUGAAAGAAAAGCACCGUUCAAUCCCCUGAGUGAAAAGAAAGUUCGGGGGCCGGGGCUUGAAUUUGUUCCCGCAAGCCCUGGAACCUGGAACGACGAACCUCCAACCCACACUGCCUAUGAGGUGAAGAACGCACUGAUUCGUCCAAUCGGCACGCAAAAAUUGAACGAUGAAACCUGCGAACCGAAUCACACACUCACUCCGUGUCCUCCACAACACCACCAUGAUCCGUGGCUGUCGAGAUCCCAAGAAUAUCUUCCGCUACACGAUCCUAAUUCCUCAUUAGGUGGACCACAAUCGUUAAGUUUGCUGUCGGUGAACCUCUCUCCAUCGAGUAGUGUGGUAGAUUUAUCAUCGGGUAGAUCAUCGCCAACCGAUCGAAGUGGACACUCUUCCUACUUCAAGAAAGGUCGACGUCGGCGAAAGAGCACUAAGAUUGCUCAGGAUAUCGCUCGUCGUGCGGAGGAAUUCGCCCGAUUCGAAAAAGAGCGAAUCAAAAGGGACUUUGCAUCCAAGAUCAACCAUGAACAAUUCUUAAAGGAACGAGAGAACAACCAAGAAAAGAUUGUUGAAUCGAGUUUGAAGAAAAAGAUACUUCAUCCUAAGGACCAGGCCAAGGUACCAGAUCUGGGAGACAAAGAAAGAGUGCAGGAUUGCACAGAUCCCGCUUUGCCUAGCGAUGACCGCUUAAAUCAAGUCCAAGCAGACCUGGCACGUCAAAAGGCCGAGGAACAAGCCCGUCUCCAGCAAAUCGAACAGGAUCGUCUUCGUCAGAUCGAAGAAAACGAGCGAUUAAGCGCUAUACCCACCACGAAUCAGCUCAAUCUGGCCCAGGUGAUUGAGAAUAAGAAACACGACAUCGCCAAGUCUAUGCAAAGCCGAUCAGCCGACGACGAUUUCACUCCCGAUGAGGUCCGAGCUAGGAACAACGUAGGCAAGUCAGGCGUAGCGAUUGAUGCUUCAAGUGCUUCAAUCCCCAAAACAAGUUACGUAAUCGGGCAGAAAUCGAACGGCAGCACCUUUGGCAGCCGCCACAACAACAAAAAGAGUAUGUCUGGCCAUACGGAUGGCAAGGAAAACAUCCCAGUCGAUUCCAAGCCAGUUCCACCCAAAAGGGAUCUUCAUUGUGAGGCCAAGGCGAUCAGCCGCAUGGCCAAAACGAAAGGGUUCCCAACCCAACAAGAGAGGUGGAAGAUGAGGAAGGCCCAUGAAGAGAAGCAACGCCAGGAGUGGGAGGAACUUCAAAAGUUAGAGGAGGAACAACAAGAGAUGCUGUUUCGAGUGGAAGAAAAACAACUCCACCACGAGGAACUCUCACGUCAAGAGAGUGAUGUCAUGGAGAGGGGCAUCGAGGCACUCCGUAAUAAAGAGCCGAUUUCCCCUCCGCCCGUGACCAACCCACCCCCACUUCGAAGGAUGAGCUCUUUGAGUAUGGACGAGGAUAAGAAGCUGGCCGAAUGGCAAGAGCUCAAGCGGAGAGAGUCUGAAAAAGAAGAGUUGCAUCUCCGCGAGAUGGAACGACAGAUCCAACGAGACAAACGCGAUAAAAAGUCUCCGUCUUUUGACCCGGUGGAAGAGCUUCCUUUGCCACCCCCUCCUGCUCCCCCACCAUUGCCCAGAAACCCGCCCAGACCCCCUCCACCUAAACAAGCGAGUGCUGAGGAACAGAUCCAAGACUGGGAACUCAUGAAGAGACAAGAGGAGGAGGCCCAAGAAAUGAUGAUGCGAGAAAUGGAACGCCAAGCCAAUCCAAAAUGCGCAAAACCUAGUUUACCAUCCAAACAGAAGCCCGUGCCCAAACCACUAGUCAUUAAAGCUCACUCAACUUCUGAUGCCCGGGUAUCUCCAACCCCUGUAUCUCCUGUAAUUCGUCAAACCAGUGAUCCCGACCGAAGAAUCCCGGUGAUUGAGCCUCUUUGUGUUGAGAUGAAAACCUAUCAGACCACGGGUUCCAGCACUGGCACCUUGGGAUCUCCAUCCAUUUGUUCCAGUCAAGAGCAAAUGUUAAAACAACAAAAGGAAUGGGAGGAUAUCCAAAGACGCCAAGAAGAAGACGAGGAACGUAUGAGAUUGGAACUCGAGCGGGAACUUCUAAAGGAACGCGAGCAUGUCGAUGAAGAACGGAAGGCCAAGGUCAAAUUAGACGAUAUGAACAUCGAAAGGACCCGACUAAGCAUGAAAGAAAAUACGAUCGAGGAGGGUGAAGAGGAAGAAGAUGUUGAAAUGCCGUCGAAAAAGGAUGCCAUAUUGGACAUGAAAUUAAAGAAACAAGAAAUCGAAGACGAAUUAGCCCGGGAAAAGGCCCAUUUGGAGGAAUUGCAAAGGAUAGAACGCGAAGUUCAAAUCAGCCAAGUCAAACGGGCCAAGCCUAAAGCUGCGGAGCAAUACGAAAAAAUGGUGGCCACUGGUCAAAAAGGCCAUGAUGGGAUGCAAACCCUCCGGGCCACGAGUGUGUCACCUUCAUUUGAAGUCCACGAAACGCAAAGAAUCGAAGAACUCGAGAAAAUCAAGCAACUAAAACAAUUGGAAAAACAGAAACUAAAGGAAUUGGACGAAAUCCGACGUCAGAACUUGAUAUCCAACUCCCCGUCAAUUCCCAACAAUAGCCCCAAAACCUCGAGUGCCAAACCGGGUCAAUCCACUUCGUUGGAGGAUCAUCGAAUCUCAUCGUGUUCCGAGGACGAGUUGUAUCAAGGGAUGAGUGAGGCUUCUUUAGGGAUCGAGAACGAACAGAGUUCUGGAAAUGUCACGCCCAUACCCACCACCGGAGAGUUGGAGGAUAUCCACCAUCUCAAACAUGCCAACACCCCACAUUUGAAGUCCCUCUUAAAGAAGGCCAGUUUUGAUAAUGAUGAUGGAGAUGUGGAUACUCUUCUGGAUCCAGAGGCAUCUGCCAAAUCAAGGGGCGUGCAAUUUUCAGAGGUGAAUCAAUUCAAGAUCCUUACUCCUUGUCCCAGUGCAUCCAGCAUCGUUAAAGAACCACAAUGUUCAGAGUAGAGAAUCUUUCUUAGUACUAAUGCAAUCUAUAUUAAUCACUACUCACAAAUAACAAUAACCCCACAACAAAAGCCAUUAAUUCCAUGUCAAAGAUGUAAGAAUCAAUAUUUGCUUCAAAUACAUCCAAGAUCUAAGCUUCA